UCACCAUCACCACCACCACCAUCACCUCCACCACCAUCACCUCCACCUUCACUGUCACCACCUCCACCAUCACCUCCACCAUCACCAUCACCACCAUCACGUCCACCAUCACCAGCUCCACCACCACCACCACCACCAUCACCAUCACCACCACCAUCACCAUCACCACCAUCACCAUCACCACCAUCACCUCCACCUCCAUCAUCUCCAUCACCAUCACCUCCACCAUCACCAUCACCUCCAUCACCAUUACCACCACCAUCACCUCCACCUGCAUCACCUCCAUCACCAUCACCUCCACCAUCACCAUCACCUCCAUCACCAUUACCACCACCAUCACCUCCACCUCCAUCACCUCCAUCACCAUCACCUCCACCAUCACCACCAUCACCUCCACCUCCAUCACCAUCACCUCCAUCACCAUUACCACCACCAUCACCUCCACCUCCAUCACCUCCAUCACCAUCACCUCCACCAUCACCAUCACCUCCAUCACCAUUACCACCACCAUCACCUCCACCUGCAUCACCUCCAUCACCAUCACCUCCACCAUCACCACCACCACCAUCACCAUCACCUCCACCAUCACCAGCUCCACCAUCACCACCAUCACCAUCACCAUCACCACCACCAUCACUGUCACCACCUUCACCACCUCAUCCCCCAUUGUACCCUCCUCCGUCACCACCUCCACCAUCACCACCAUCACCUCCACCACCAUCACCUCCACCAUCACCAUCACCUCCAUCACUUCCACCUCCACCAUCACCAUCACCACCAUCACCUCCACCAUCACCAGCUCCACCACCACCAUCACCAUCAUCACCUCCACCAUCACCACCAUCACCUCCACCACCAUCACCUCCACCAUCACUGUCACCACCUCCACCAUCACCUCCACCAUCACCAUCACCUCCAUCACUUCCACCUCCACCAUCACCAUCACCACCAUCACCUCCACCAUCACCAGCUCCACCACCACCAUCACCAUCAUCACCAUCACCAUCACCACCAUCACCAGCUUCACCACCACCAUCACCAUCACCUCCAUCACCAUCACCACCAUCACCAUCACCUCCACCAUCACCACCACCACCACCGUCACCACCAUCACCUCCACCUCCAUCACCUCCAUCACCAUCACCUCCACCAUCACCA